AAGAACUCGAUAGGCUCGGUCGGCUCGAUAAGAACCCGAUAGGCUCGUCGUCUACAAAACCUAACCCGAGAAAGGAGAAAGAGGCGACUAUACACGGUUUAAUUCUUGUCAAAACCUUGUUCAAACUGUGUUUGGGCUUGAUGGAGGAUGUGAACGUUUUACUUGUUGGACUUCCGGGGGCUGGUUCAUCAACAUUAUUUAAAAAAUUACUUGAGCUAGGGGACCAGAGUAUGUACAUGGAGCAUUCUGUUGCACUUAUUGAAAGAGAUACAAAGAGAUUCUACAUUUCUGAGCUGCCGAGUUCUUAUACGUAUGAGCCUGGAUUGUUGAAGUGGGGAUCUCUAGCUGACAUUGCCGUUCUAAUCAUUCCUGGUUCCGAGAAUAUUGAUAAUAAUUGGGAGACACUGAUCCAUACAGUAAAAUGUGUUUGCUGUAUAAAGGCCUUAGGUAUCCCCAAAAUUGUGGUUGCAGUAAACAAAAUAGAUAAUCUGAGCUACUCAAGUUAUAAUACACAUCAAGGGAGAGGAAUUGGUGUUUGUUAUAAUGUCCAUUACAGAGAUGAAGAAGAAGGUUUCUUUGGAGGAGGACGAAGAGGAGAUUCAUAGCUUUCAUUGAAAAAAAACGGUGAAGCAAUCGGAUGCGCGAGUCAAAAGUUAUGGACAAAGAAGUGGGCUGCUGAAUUGGGGCACCCGCCCCAAAUCUGGCGCACCUGCCCCAAAUCUGGCGCACCCGCACCAAACCGGCAGCGAAUUUAGGCCCGUUUUGCCCGUUUCUGAUCCGUUUCGAGGCCCGAUCGCUGGGGAAGUUUAAGAAAGGCUUGGGGGACUAAACACAUAACCUAGAAAACAUUCUAAGGAGCACGUGACGGCUACGGAGAAGAUCAAGAUCGAAUUUCAUAACUUUUUACUUUUGCAAUUCUUUGAAGUAGGCGUAACUUUGGAUGCUCGUUCCGGAUUUGUUUCUUAACUCUUAUUCUCGACUUCUCGUACUUUGACUUUGUUUUUCAUAUUCAGUACCAUGUUUACAUUCGAACCC